CAUUAUGCAUUGUACAUGUCAAAGUGUAAUUCUAGUUGGUAUAUUUUGUUGUUACUUCCAAUAAAGGAACAACUGAAAGCUGUCCAAGGGCUUGAACGAGAUGUUGCUGGCUACAAACCUCAAAUGGAUGAACUAGAGUUGGUGCACCAAGAUGUCCAAGAAGCACUAAUCUUUGAAAACCCCCACACAGAAUUCACAAUGGAAGCUCUCCGAGUGAACUGGGAACAACUGCUGACUGCCAUUGCGAGAAACAUCAAUGAAGUUGAAAACCAGAUUCUUAUGAGGGAUUCUAAAGGCAUCUCUGACGACCAGAUGAAGGAAUUCCGUAACUCGUUCAACUUCUUUGACAAAGAUGAAAAUAUGCGACUUGAGCCUCACGAAUUCAAACAAUGCUUGGUUAGUUUAGGAUACAACCUGAAGGAAGGAGACAAGGUUUGUUAAUUAGACUAACGUGUCAUGCAUUUGCUAGUCUCCUCCGCAGCCGUUUUUUGGGGGGAUGUCACGCAACGC